AUGUCAGGGAUCCAGGAAGAUGUGGUCAACAACUUGAAGAUAGUAAUUGCGGAGACUUUGAAGACACUACCUAACUUUAACGAGGAUGUUAAUUAUGUGGCGGAAUACAUCGUCCUGUUGAUGUCUAACGGAGGAAACGUCGAGUCAGUUGUUCAAGAACUAACUUCCCUGUUUGAUACAGUUCCAGCGGAUGCCUUUCAAAAUGUGGCGCAAGGUGCUUACAAGGCUAUGGAGUUCUUGCAGAGCGGGGACUCUCUAGAAACCACAGUUGCCAAGCUGACCGGACAACACCAGCAACAGCAGCAGCAGCAGCAGCAGCAGCCACAAGAGCAAUAUCAUAGUCAACCGCAACAACAGCAGCACCAACAACCACAGGAACAGAUGCCACCUGUCCAGCAACCGCAGUCUACCUUUGGUACUGGAACUGCCAGUUCCAUAUAUUCACAAGCGCCCCCAACCUCGCAGCCAAGGUCUGCGUUUGAAGGUAUAGUUAAUGUCUCCAGUGGCCCUGCUCGCACUGGUGGUAUUUCAAAAGGAGGUCAGUCCCAACGUGGAGGUGGUGUCGGCAAGUCUGCUCGUGGUGGUCGCCCAGAUCGUCCUGAUCGCGGUGGACUCAGCAAGGGCUCAAGCAGCAAGAGAAAUACUGCGAAUCAGAAUGCGCUGGCUCUUGCAUUGGGAUUGGAUGACUCAAAUGUCAAUGUAGUAUCCAAGAAACAAGGCCGUUGCCAGGUGUUCCCACGCUGUCCACUGGGCAAAAACUGCCCACAUGCUCAUCCCACUCAGGCCUGCAGAGACUAUCCCAACUGUCCCAACCCUCCAGGAACUUGCAACUAUUUACAUCCAAAUGAGGAUGUUGACCUGAUGAAAGACAUAGAAAAGACCCGUGAUGAGUUUCGCGAGAAACGAGCCGCAAUCGCUUCGAAAGCCCAAGCCGCUCGUAGCGGCAUUGUUCUAUGUAAGUUUGGCCUGUUGUGCUCAAAUCAACAGUGUCCAUUCGGUCAUCCAACACCUGCCAAUGAAGAUGCCAAGGUCAUUGCUUUCGAGUGGUGCCCCGAAAAUUUGAACUGUCAAAAUCCAAUGUGCGACAAGGCUCACAGCUCGAUAUCCAAGAUCAAAGAAGUUACCCCGCUCGCUUCACGCAAGCCUCAGCGCCAACCCGUGGAAAAGUCGUUAGAGCAGUGCAAAUUCGGUGCAAACUGUACCAACAAACGGUGUAAAUACAGACACGCCCGCUCCCACAUCAUGUGUCGUGAGGGUUCCAAUUGCACUAGAAUCGAUUGUUUAUUUGGCCACCCAAUAAAUGAAGAUUGUAAGUUUGGAGCAGAGUGCCGGAACGCUCACUGUCUGUUCAAACACCCUGAGGGUAGACAACUGCCUCAGAAGCCAUCGCAAACUUCCAGUACGACCAACACGGGCAACACAUGGGCUAACCCUGAUUUAGCGUCCAAUCCCCCUGCAUCGACCCAUGAAAGAGCUUUCGCGGUACCCGACAACCAAGUGGUAGAGAAUGCAUCAGCACAAGAGAACGAUGCAAUCAUGGGAUAA